AUGGGCCCUGUCCUCCUCAGGCGCGGGGGAUGCCUCCUUCUCUGGAUGGCGCUGCUCCUGGGGUGCUGGGCUGAGCUCGGGAGCGGCCUGGAGUUCCCGGGGGCAGAGGGCCAGUGGACCCGGUUCCCCAAAUGGAAUGCCUGCUGCGAGAGCGAGAUGAGCUUCAACAUGAAGACGCGCAGCUCCAGUGGGCUGGUCCUGUACUUCGACGAUGAGGGGUUCUGUGACUUCUUGGAGUUAAUCCUGACCAGGGGGGGGCGGCUCCAGCUGAGCUUCUCCAUCUUCUGCGCCGAGCCCGCCGUCCUACUCUCUGACAUGGCCGUCAACGACAACCUGUGGCACACGGUAGUCAUCCGCCGCAAUUUUAAGAACACGACGCUGCUCAUCGACCAGGCGGAGGCCAAGUGGGUCGAGGUGAAAUCUAAGCGGCGGGACAUGACGGUGUUCAGUGGCCUCUUUCUAGGAGGGCUGCCUCCUGAGCUUCGCUCACCUACCCUAAAAGUAACGCUCUCAUUGGUGAAGGAUCGGGAGCCCUUCAAGGGAUGGAUAACUGAUGUAAGGGUGAACUAUACACAGUCCUCACCUGUGGAGAGUCAGGAAGUGCGGCUGGACGAUGAACAGAGUCACCUGUGUGCCAGAGAUGACGUCUGUCUCAAUGGUGGCAUUUGUUCUGUACUCAACGACCAAGCCGUGUGCGACUGCUCCCAAACGGGCUUCCACGGGAAGGACUGCAGUGAAGGUCUGGCGCACUUGAUGAUGGGCGACCAAGGAAAGGAAGAAUACAUCGCAACAUUCAAAGGGUCAGAGUAUUUCUGCUACGACUUGUCUCAGAACCCAAUCCAGAGCAGCAGCGACGAAAUCACGCUGUCUUUCAAAACCCUUCAAAGGAAUGGACUGAUGCUCCACACUGGAAAAUCAGCCGAUUAUGUCAACCUUGCCCUGAAAAAUGGAGCUGUUUCCUUAGUUAUUAAUUUGGGCUCAGGGGCCUUUGAAGCGCUGGUGGAACCUGUGAAUGGGAAAUUUAAUGACAAUGCCUGGCAUGAUGUGAAAGUAACCAGGAAUCUGCGUCAGGUGACAAUAUCAGUGGAUGGGAUUCUGACCACGACGGGCUACACGCAAGAAGACUACACCAUGUUGGGUUCCGAUGACUUUUUCUAUGUCGGAGGCAGCCCCAGCACGGCAGACUUGCCAGGGUCACCAGUCAGUAACAACUUCAUGGGCUGUCUCAAAGAGGUUGUGUAUAAGAACAACGAUGUAAGACUGGAAUUGUCUCGACUCGCCAAACAAGGAGAUCCUAAGAUGAAGAUCCACGGUAUUGUAGCAUUUAAGUGUGAAAAUGUGGCGACCUUAGAUCCAAUCACCUUUGAAACGCCAGAAUCUUUCAUCUCCUUGCCAAAGUGGAAUGCCAAGAAAACAGGAUCAAUAUCAUUUGACUUUCGUACUACUGAGCCAAAUGGGCUGAUCCUUUUCAGCCAUGGCAAACCACGACAUCAGAAAGAUGCCAAGCACCCACAAAUGGUGAAAGUGGACUUCUUUGCUAUUGAGAUGCUUGACGGACAUCUCUACCUCCUGCUAGACAUGGGAUCUGGUACAAUUAAAAUAAGAGCUUUGCAAAAGAAGGUGAAUGAUGGAGAAUGGUACCAUGUGGACUUCCAGAGAGAUGGACGGUCAGGUACUAUUUCUGUCAACACGAUGCGUACUCCUUACACAGCACCUGGAGAGAGUGAGAUCUUGGACCUAGACGAUGACUUGUACCUUGGAGGUUUGCCCGAAAAUAAAGCCGGCCUGGUCUUCCCGACAGAGGUCUGGACAGCACUGCUCAAUUACGGCUAUGUGGGCUGCAUUCGGGACCUCUUCAUCGAUGGCCAAAGCAAAGAUAUUCGCCAAAUGGCGGAAAUCCAGAGCACCUCAGGUGUGAAGCCCUCGUGUUCAAGGGAGACGGCAAAGCCAUGCUUGAGCAAUCCUUGCAAAAACAACGGCGGAUGCAGGGAUGGCUGGAACAGAUACGUCUGUGAUUGUUCUGGUACAGGCUACCUUGGAAGAUCAUGUGAGAGAGAGGCAACUGUUUUGAGCUACGAUGGAAGCAUGUUUAUGAAAAUACAGCUCCCUGUGGUGAUGCACACAGAAGCGGAAGAUGUGUCCUUGCGGUUCAGAUCACAGCGAGCCUACGGCAUUCUGAUGGCCACCACUUCGAGGGAAUCAGCAGACACACUGCGCUUGGAGCUGGAUGCAGGACGAGUUAAGCUAACAGUCAACCUAGACUGUAUCAGGAUUAACUGUAAUUCCAGCAAAGGUCCAGAAACCCUUUUUGCUGGCUAUAACCUCAAUGACAAUGAAUGGCACACGGUACGUGUGGUUCGAAGAGGAAAAAGUUUAAAGUUAAUGGUGGAUGACCAACAAGCCAUGACAGGUCAAAUGGCCGGGGAUCACACCAGACUGGAGUUCCACAACAUAGAGACGGGAAUCAUAACGGAACGCCGUUACUUGUCCUCUGUCCCUUCCAACUUCAUUGGCCACCUGCAGAGCCUCACUUUCAAUGGCAUGGCAUACAUAGACUUGUGUAAAAAUGGGGACAUUGAUUACUGCGAACUAAAUGCCCGGUUUGGCUUCAGAAACAUCAUCGCUGAUCCGGUCACCUUUAAGACGAAAGCCAGCUAUGUUGCCCUUGCCACGUUGCAAGCUUACACCUCCAUGCACCUGUUUUUCCAGUUCAAAACAACAUCAUUGGAUGGGCUAAUACUCUACAACAGUGGGGACGGGAAUGACUUUAUCGUGGUCGAGUUAGUGAAAGGGUAUUUACAUUAUGUCUUUGAUCUGGGAAACGGUGCAAACCUUAUCAAGGGAAGUUCCAAUAAACCGCUGAAUGACAACCAGUGGCACAACGUGAUGAUUUCACGGGACACCAAUAACCUCCAUACAGUGAAGAUCGACACAAAAAUUACAACCCAGAGCACGGCAGGAGCAAGAAACCUAGAUCUCAAAAGUGACUUGUACAUUGGAGGGGUAGCAAAGGAAACCUACAAAUCCUUACCUAAAUUGGUCCAUGCAAAGGAAGGAUUUCAGGGAUGCCUUGCCUCAGUGGAUCUGAACGGGCGGCUUCCAGAUUUGAUCUCAGAUGCUCUGUUUUGCAAUGGACAGAUAGAACGAGGAUGUGAAGGGCCCAGCACAACGUGCCAAGAGGACUCAUGUGCGAAUCAAGGAGUCUGCUUGCAGCAAUGGGACGGCUUCAGCUGUGACUGUAGCAUGACCUCUUUUAGCGGAACGCUGUGCAACGACCCGGGAACAACGUACAUAUUUAGCAAAGGUGGUGGACAGAUCACAUAUACCUGGCCCCCCAACGAUCGCCCCAGCACGCGAGCAGACAGACUGGCAAUAGGGUUUAGCACCGUCCAGAAAGAAGCAGUCUUGGUGCGUGUGGACAGCUCUACUGGGCUCGGCGAUUACCUAGAGCUGCAUAUCCACCAAGGAAAAAUUGGAGUUAAAUUUAAUGUUGGAACGGAUGAUAUCGCAAUUGAAGAGGUCAACGCAAUCAUUAACGAUGGGAAAUACCAUAUAGUACGUUUUACAAGGAGUGGCGGCAAUGCCACGUUACAGGUGGACAACUGGCCAGUUAUAGAACGCUACCCAGCAGGAAACAAUGAUAACGAGCGCCUGGCGAUUGCUAGACAGCGAAUUCCAUAUCGGCUUGGUCGAGUAGUUGAUGAAUGGCUACUCGACAAAGGGCGUCAGCUCACAAUCUUCAAUAGCCAAGCGACGAUAAAAAUUGGAGGAAAGGAACGGGGUCACCCAUUUCAGGGCCAGCUCUCUGGACUCUACUACAAUGGCUUGAAGGUCCUGAACAUGGCCGCCGAGAAUGAUGCCAACAUCGUGAUAGAGGGGAAUGUGAGACUCGUUGGUGAAGUGCCUUCCUCUAUGACAACAGAGUCAACCGCCACUGCAAUGCAGUCAGAGAUGUCCACCUCGGUCAUGGAAACCACGACCACGCUGGCUACAAGCACAGCUAGAAGAGGGAAGCCACCUACAAAAGAGCCCAUUGGUCAGACCACAGAUGAUAUCCUGGUGGCCUCAGCUGAAUGUCCCAGCGAUGAUGAGGACAUCGAUCCCUGUGAGCCGAGCUCAGCCAGUCCGACCAAACCCGGACGGGGAGGCUACCCGAGUUCCGAUGAGGUGGUUCGGGAAUCCAGCAGCACCACUGGAAUGGUGGUUGGGAUCGUUGCGGCGGCUGCACUGUGCAUUCUAAUCCUCCUCUAUGCCAUGUACAAGUACAGAAACCGGGAUGAAGGCUCCUAUCACGUGGACGAGAGUCGAAACUACAUCAGUAACUCGGCACAGUCCAAUGGGGCUGUGAUUAAGGAAAAGCAACCCAACAGCUCCAAAAGCUCCAACAAAAAUAAGAAAAACAAGGAUAAGGAGUACUAUGUCUGAUCGCGAAGCCGAAAAGAACAAUUGUAUAGAAAUAGUCUUCAUUUUAUCUGAGACAUAAAACAAAACUUAUUUACUUUACUUUUUAUGAAGCACAUACGAUGUUUAAAAAAAUGGGAAAAGAACACAGGGAAUGCAAUCAGAAAGGAAAGACUUUUUUAAAAAAAAAAAGAAAACAAAGGAAAGAAAAAAACAAAAUAAGCUUUUCAUACUCUUGUUUCGCCAAAACAGGAGUCAAUAAAUCCCCUUACAUCUACAGUGUUUUCCUUUACUCUGUUGUCUUUAUGUUGCUGGAAUGUUACUGAGGACAAUGUUGUACACUCAUAAGACAAAGAGUAUUACGACAAAAGCAUCACCCAGCACAACAC